CGGGGAAUAAAGCCCGGAAAGGCUCGGCGCGGCCCCCGCUGCCCCCCGAAGCCGCCCGAGCCGGCUCGGAUGGCGGAGGCAGCGGCAGCGGCGGAGAAGAAGAAGAAGAAGGAGGAGGAGGAGGAGGAGGAGAAGCAUCUUCAUCAGCAUCAGCUGCAGCGGAGGCAGCAGCAACAGAAGAGCCGCCGGAGCCGCUAGCGGAGCAGCCGCUGAUCAGCUGGGCUCGCUCGCUCAGCCCCCGCCGCCCUCCAGCCCGCCUGCCCUCCGCCGUCCGCCCUCCGCCGCCUUGCCCCGCUCGGCUCCCUGGCUCGCCCCUCCGCCUGCCAACUUUCUCCUGCCACCCACCCGCCCUCCCUCGCGGGCUCCAUCACUUGUGGACAACCCCCCCCCCACCGCCUCCUGCCCCGGGCGUGGCUUCUUCUUUUCUUUUUUCCCCCCUUCUUCCUUUUCCCCCCCUCUCCUCUCCCCCUUGUCCUUUCUUUUUCUCUUCGGGUGGUGGGGAGGAGGAAGGGGGGCUCCCUCGAUCCUCGCUCGGGAAGAUGGCUGCGAGCUGGUGGUUCUUCUUCAGCCUGACCCUUUGCCAGUCUUUGGUGAUGAACCUGUCCGCCGAAGGGCCCUUCCCGUCGCCCACCACGAUAAAACGGUGGGUGGACAUGAUGCAGGAAGACCUCGUGCGGUUGGUGAGAACAGCCAGUGGGGUGGAUGACCUCAUGCAGAUCUAUCAGAGGAACAAAAAUUUAUACACAGUGGAAGCCAACAAUGCGCGACAAUUAGUGGAAAGUGCAGCUCAAGACAUUGAGAAGCUCCUGAGUAACAGAUCCACCGCCUUGAUACGUCUUGCUGAAGCAGCAGAAAAAUUCCAGAAAGAACAUCAGUGGCAGGAUGAAUUUGCGACGAAUGAUAUUGUCUACUACAAUGCAAAAGAAGACCUGAAUGAUUCGGGAAGAAGUGAGAACGAAACCGGUAGCCAGAGAAUCAAACCUGUCUUUGAAGAAGAUCCUCUGUUUGGUCGGCAAACGUCGUACCAACAUGCCGCUGUCCAUAUACCGACCGAUAUUUACGACGGCUCUACCAUCGUGCUAAACGAACUGAACUGGACGGGGGCCUUAGAUGAAGUCUUUAAAAAGAACAGAGAGGAAGACCAAAGUCUGCUGUGGCAAGUUUUUGGCAGUGCGACCGGCCUCGCUAGAUACUACCCAGCGUCUCCCUGGGUGGAUAAGAGUCGAACCCAGAACAAGAUUGAUCUGUAUGAUGUCCGGAGAAGACCAUGGUACAUCCAAGGAGCCGCCUCUCCAAAAGAUAUGCUGAUUCUCGUUGAUGCGAGCGGGAGCGUCAGUGGGUUGACCCUGAAGUUGAUCCGAACGUCCGUCAUUGAAAUGUUGGAAACCUUGUCAGAUGACGACUUUGUGAACGUGGUUUCUUUCAACGAUAAAGCUCAAAACGUCAGUUGUUUCAAUCAUUUGGUACAAGCUAACGUGAGGAACAAGAAGAAGUUGAAGGAAGCCGUCUACAAAAUCCAAGCGAAAGGGAUCACCGACUACAAAAAGGGGUUCAGUUACGCCUUUGAGCAGCUGCUCAAUGAUAGCCAGAGUGUUUUCAGAGCUAACUGCAACAAAAUUAUAAUGUUGUUUACUGAUGGAGGUGAAGAAAAAGCUCAGGAGAUAUUUGAGAAAUACAAUAAGGACAAGAAGGUCCGUGUGUUUACAUUUUCGGUUGGUCAACAUAAUUAUGACAAAGGACCCAUACAAUGGAUGGCCUGUGAAAAUAAAGGUUACUAUUAUGAAAUCCCUUCCAUUGGUGCCAUAAGAAUAAACACACAGGAAUAUUUGGAUGUUUUGGGCAGACCCAUGGUAAUGGCUGAGCAAAAAGCCAAACAAGUCCAAUGGACCAACGUUUAUUUGGAUGCUCUGGAACUUGGGUUGGUCAUUUCGGGAACCUUGCCAGUCUUCAACUUUACCAAAGAUCAAAAUAACGUUCAGAACCAGUUGAUCCUUGGCGUAAUGGGAGUUGACGUGUCCCUAGAAGAAAUUAAAAAGGUCACUCCUCGUUUUACUCUGUGUCCCAAUGGUUAUUAUUUUGCCAUUGAUCCCAAUGGUUAUGUGCUGCUUCAUCCAAAUCUUCAACCAAAGCACAUUGGUGUGGGCAUCCCCAAAAUUAAACAAAGGAGACCCUAUACCCAGAAUCCAAAAUCUCAGGAACCAGUGACUCUGGAUUUUCUGGAUGCAGAGUUGGAGAAUGACAUUAAAGUUGAGAUUCGAAAAAAGAUGAUUGACGGUGAAAGUGGCGACAGGACCUUUCAAACGCUGGUCAAAUCUCAAGAUGAGCGCUAUAUUGAUAAAGGCAACAGAACGUACACAUGGACUGCAGUGAAUGGCACAGAUUACAGUUUGGCUUUGGUGUUACCAUCCUACAGCUUUUACUAUAUUAAAGCCAAGAUUAAUGAAACCUUAACUCAGGCAAAGUUUAUUGCAACUCUCAAACGAGAAUCCUUUGACGAAUUUGGAUAUACAUUUUUAGCGCCCAGGGACUACUGUAGCACAGUGAAAAUAACGGACAAUAAUACUGUAUUUCUUCAGAAUUUCAUUGAAUUUAUGGAUCAAUAUUCACCCGAAAACCCUUCAUGUAAUGGCUUGGUGAUGAGAGCUUUGUUGGAUGCGGGCUUCACAAGUGACCUGGUCCAGAAUUACUGGAGUAAGCAGGACCCUGAGGGAAUCACAGCACGCUUCGUAGCUACGGAUGGAGGGAUCACCAGAGUAUAUCCCAAAAGUGCAGGCGAAUAUUGGACAGAAAAUGCGGAAACCUAUGAACAGAGCUUCUACAAGAGGAGUUUAGAUAAUGAAAAUUAUAUCUUCACGGCUCCAUUCUUCAACCGAAGCAUCUAUGAAGAUGGGAUCAUGGUAAGCAAGGCUGUGAAGAUCACCGUGAAUGGAAAACUUCUAAAACCAGCAGUUGUUGGAGUAAAAAUCAAUCUGAACAGCUGGAUGACAAAUUUCACUACAAUCACCACGAAAGAUCAGUGUAAAAGUGGAAGUGAGCUUUGCGGAUGUGAAAAGAACAGUCCGCACAUUGACUGCGUCAUUCUUGACGAUGGGGGUUUUCUUUUGAUGACAAACCAAGAUAACUAUGUCCCAGAGAUCGGAAAAUUCUUUGGGGAGAUCGACCCAGGCCUGAUGAGAAAUCUCAUUAAUAUGUCCUUGUAUGCCUUCAACAAGUCUUACGACUAUCAGUCGGUGUGCGAUCCAGAAGAUGAACCGAAACAAGGAGCAGGACUGCGCUCCAUCAAUGUGCCUACCAUAGCAGACAUUUUACAAAUUGGAUGGUGGGCAUCUGCAGCUGCCUGGUCUAUCUUGCAGCAGCUAGUCUGGGGGCUGACCUUCCCACGUUUCCUUGGGGCAGCGGAAGUGGAAGAAGAAGAUUUCAGCGGCUUCCCAUCCAAACAGAGUUGUAUCACAGUACAAACGCAAUAUUUCUUUGGGUCCGACGAUAAAUCCUUCAAUGGCAUUCUGGACUGUAUCAACUGUUCUAGGCUUUUUCACGCAGAGAAGAUUUCCAACACCAAUUUGGUUUUCAUCAUGAGUGACAGUAAAGAAUUGUGUCAUCAUUGUGACACAAGGCCGCUGAUGCAAGCAGAGAAGCCUGAUGAAGGACCGAACCCUUGUGAAAUGGUUCAGCAUCCGAGAUACAGGAAAGGACCGGAUGCUUGCUUUGACGACGCUAAAGACGAUUCAGCCGAAUGUGGUGGAGUCUCUGGAUUGAGUCCAUCACUCUGGUCUAUGAUAGGAAUCCAGCUUAUCCUGCUCUGGAUGUUAUCUGGCAUCAGACCCGGCCAGUUAUGACCGUGAGAAACCCCCAAACCUAAUCUAAACCAACCGAGAUCCUGCCAAAACUGGUUAGCCCACCAUUUUCAUUCAAGGAAAACAAGGGGGGCCCCUCGUCUGCUCCGGCUGCGGAUUCAAUGGCGAUGCCAGUGACUCGAAAAACAAAAAAAAGAAAAC